UACAACCAUCUCAUUACAGAUGUUUUGCUUUUUUUUUUUUAAAGAUGUGUUUAUUAUAUUUAUGUGUGUGUGUGCGUGUUUGUAUGUGUGUAUGCUCCAUGCAUGAAGGUGCUGUGGACAGCCUGCUGGGGGUGCCGAGAACUGGGUCCCAGUUCUCUACAAGAGCAAGAAGUACUCCUAACCUCUGAGCCGUCUAUGAUAUCUCAGCCCCAGCCAUGAGGCCUUUCUGAGCCCAUUGUGUGCAUGCCGCAGCACUGCUCCAGUGUGCCCAGCCCUGGAGUAGGCUUAGCUGACUGUACCUACCCCUAAGUGUGGCCAAGUACUAAGUGUGCUACUCUCCAGUGUGCUCAAGUGCCUUGGGACUGACAACUUUUAUAUAGGAGGGACGCCUUAUUUUUAGUAAGUGUGUAAAAUAAAAGCUUAGAGCAGGGCCGCUGUAGAUUUAAUUAAAGGCCGGUAAAAUGGGAGACGAGUACUUCUGUCUGUUUCGUGGGAGGGUCUCUCUGGUCCUGUGGGUGCAGUCCUGUGAGGCUAUGACCUGAAUAAUGCCCAGUCCCCCCCACCCCCAUCCCCACCCACCCCGGGCAUCAAGGGUCUAGUAGGUACAGAGCCAAAGGCUCCGAGACCCAUUAGUAUACAGAACUCUCACCUCUGGGACAUCAGCCAGAUGCUAGGACCACAGUGUAUAUCACCAGCGGGCGUUGCAUGAGAAAUGUAAGAAAUGGCAGGUCCUCCAGUGUCCUGAACUGACAGGAGAUAUGCAAUUUAGCACUGUCCAGCCUCUUCAAGCACAGAGGGGCCAGCCCAGACCUGGGACUUGGCCUUGGUCACAGCAAAGUAUCUAUUUCUAGUGACUGGAAGCAUCCUUGGAGCCAAACAUUUAUAUUAGCAGCCCCAUAUGGGACAUAUUGCUCUCCUGUGCUUAGUCCCCGUACCACCCAGUCACAAAUGAGUACUAUGCCUGGCCCAGGUACAGGAGUGUGGCUGUUGAAAACCAAAGCCUGCUUUGAAGAUCCAGCACCCAGAAGGCAUUGCACAGUGCCCCUUUCUGAAGUGUGUUGAGUGCAUGUCAGAAGGCUGUAUUGUGCAUAUUUGUGUACUGGAUUAAAUGAGAUAGAUUAUGAGAAAGUAUUUACUCUGCUGUCCUGGCCAUCCAUGCAAUCAGUGGUGUGUGUUGUCUGCUGUGCAUGCAUGCGUGCGUGCAUCCAUGUACGCACACGUGCCAUGUACUGUGUUUGUCGAGCAGUGUGGAUCUGGAAUGCUGUGAAUGCCUUGAGUUUAAAUUUGCUCUUCCAGAGGUCCUGAGUUCAAUUCCCAGCAACGGCAUGGUGGCUCAAGACCGUUUAUAAAGGGAUCUGAUGCCCUCUCUGGCAUGUAAGUGGCAUGUAGGUGGCAUGCAGGCAUACAUGCAGACAGAGCACUCCACAUUCCACAUCAUGGUUGUGUCCUGAAUGCAGUGGUGGCUUACUCAGCCUGUGUGUCAUGUUUGUGUGAGCCCAUGCCUUUGUGGGAGGGGAGCCACCUCAUAAAUACCCCCCCAUACCAUGUGACUUGCUUUGAGUAGCCUGAGUGGAGGGGGCUGAUGCCCAUGCAGCUGCACAACUCUAGGAAAAGACCUCAGGCACUCCCACAUCUGGUCAGGCUAUUUAUAUCCUACAAAGGGCUCCUUCUCCCCUGUGGACAGCCUGCAUGUGGUGAUGCUGUCACGCACAUGAGCGGAGCCCAUGAAACGGGCCUCGAGGUGAUUUCUAGAUGCACCGUUGAGUUCCCAGCUACAAGCCUGGGUCUCCCAGUUUUCUGCCUUUCGCUCUGUGGCGUGUGGAUGCUGGUUCCCAGAGGGCAGGUGGAACUGUGGGCCCUUAGGUGGUCUGCUGCAAGGAGGCUGGCCCUUCUCAGCUGUUUCUAUCCACUCAGCUGAGGAAGAAUUCUCUGAAGCCUACUGCACCCUGGCAUGGGGGCCUGAGCGGAACAGCAAGUGCUAAACUGCUGGGGAAGACAGAGAUGUCUUCCUGAAGCUUCCCUUCUAGAGGUGCCAGGAACAAACCCCAGAGACUCAACACGGCACAGGUCGGAAGGGAACAACGCCUUUGGCAUGAGGUUGUAAAAGUGGCCUUUGCUAACCUGACAUGUGGGGACUCAAGAACCCCACUCCCUAUGGGCUCCAGUCUGUGCUGCUGGCCCCAGCUCUGGGGCUCUGAGAGGUUCCUGCUGCUACACCACAGCAGCCCACUGCCAUUCAUGUGUGUCUGUUGCUGAAGGCCUCGGUGGCCCCUGCCCAUGAAGAUGUGUGCCCCCGUCAGGGGGCUGUUCUUGGCCCUGGUGGCUGUGUGGAGGACCGCGGUGGCAUUCGCCCCUGUGCCUCGGAUCACCUGGGAGCACGGAGAGGUAGGUCUGGUGAAGUUUCACGAGCCAGGCAUCUUUAACUACUCUUCCUUGCUGAUGAGUGAAGACAAAGACACUCUGUAUGUGGGUGCCCGGGAAGCUGUCUUUGCAGUGAAUGCGCUGGACAUCUCUGAGAAGCAACAUGAGGUAUACUGGAAGGUCUCUGAAGACAAAAAAUCCAAGUGCGCAGAGAAGGGGAAAUCAAAGCAGACGGAGUGCCUUAACUACAUCCGAGUGCUGCAACCGCUUAGCAGCACUUCCCUCUACGUGUGUGGGACCAAUGCGUUCCAGCCCACCUGUGACCACCUGAACUUGACCUCUUUCAAGUUUCUGGGGAAAAGCGAAGAUGGCAAAGGAAGAUGCCCCUUCGACCCCGCCCAUAGCUACACAUCCGUCAUGGUCGGGGGAGAGCUCUACUCUGGGACUUCAUAUAAUUUCUUGGGCAGCGAACCCAUCAUCUCUCGAAACUCUUCCCACAGUCCCCUGAGGACAGAGUACGCCAUCCCUUGGCUAAACGAGCCUAGCUUCGUCUUUGCUGACGUGAUCCACAAGAGCCCAGAUGGUACAGAGGCUGAGGAUGACAAGGUCUACUUCUUCUUUACGGAGGUGUCCGUGGAGUACGAGUUCGUCUUCAAGUUGAUGAUCCCGCGAGUUGCCAGGGUGUGCAAGGGCGACCAGGGCGGCCUGCGGACUUUGCAAAAAAAGUGGACCUCCUUCCUAAAGGCCAGACUGAUCUGCUCCAGGCCAGACAGUGGCCUGGUCUUCAACAUUCUUCAAGAUGUGUUUGUGCUGAGGGCCCCGGGCCUCAAGGAACCUGUGUUCUAUGCGGUCUUCACCCCACAGCUGAACAACGUGGGUCUGUCAGCGGUCUGUGCCUACACGCUGUCCACGGUGGAGGCCGUCUUCUCCCGAGGAAAGUACAUGCAGAGUGCCACAGUGGAGCAGUCUCACACCAAGUGGGUACGCUACAAUGGCCCAGUGCCCACUCCCCGGCCUGGAGCGUGUAUCGACAGUGAGGCCCGGGCAGCCAACUACACCAGCUCCUUGAAUCUCCCAGACAAAACGCUGCAGUUUGUCAAAGACCACCCUUUGAUGGACGACUCGGUGACGCCAAUAGACAACAGGCCGAAACUGAUCAAAAAAGAUGUCAACUACACCCAGAUAGUGGUAGACAGGACCCAGGCCCUGGAUGGGACCUUCUACGACGUCAUGUUCCUCAGCACAGACCGGGGCGCUCUGCAUAAAGCUGUCAUCCUUGCAAAAGAGGUACACGUGGUUGAGGAGACCCAACUCUUCCAGGACUUCGAACCGGUCCUGUCUCUGCUGCUAUCAUCAAAGAAGGGGAGGAAGUUUGUCUAUGCUGGCUCCAACUCAGGAGUGGUCCAAGCUCCCCUGGCCUUCUGCGGAAAGCACAGUAGCUGUGAAGACUGUGUGCUAGCACGGGACCCCUACUGCGCCUGGAGCCCAGCCAUCAAGGCCUGUGUUACCUUGCACCAGGCAGAGGGCUCUAGCAGGGGCUGGAUUCAGGACAUGAGUGGCGACACGUCCUCGUGCCUGGAUAAGAGUAAAGAAAGUUUCCAUCAGCAUUUUUUCAAGCACGGCGGCACAGCAGAACUCAAGUGUUUCCAAAAGUCCAACCUGGCCCGGGUGGUGUGGAAGUUCCAGAACGGCGAGUUGAAGGCUGUGAGUCCCAAGUAUGGCUUUGUGGGCAGGAAGCACCUGCUCAUCUUUAACCUGUCAGACGGAGACAGCGGUGUGUACCAGUGCCUGUCAGAGGAAAGGGUCAGGAAUAAAACGGUCUCCCAGCUGCUCGCCAAGCACAUCCUGGAAGUGAAAAUGGUAGCUCGGAUCCCCCCAUCACCUACCUCACAGACUGCUCAGACAGAAGGUAGUAGGAUCACAUCCAAAAUGCCUGUGGCGUCUACCCAGGGGUCCUCUCCCCCUACCCCGGCUCUGUGGGCAACCUCCCCCAGGGCUGCCACCCUACCUCCCAAGUCCUCCUCCACCGGCACGUCCUGUGAACCAAAAAUGGUCAUCAACACGGUCCCACAGCUCCACUCGGAGAAGACAGUGUAUCUCAAGUCCAGUGACAACCGCCUGCUCAUGUCUCUCCUCCUCUUCCUCUUUGUCCUCUUCCUCUGCCUCUUUUCCUACAACUGCUACAAGGGCUACCUGCCCGGACAGUGCUUAAAGUUCCGCUCAGCCCUGCUGCUCGCAAAGAAAAAACCCAAGUCAGAGUUCUCUGACCUGGAGCAGAGUGUGAAGGAGACGCUGGUAGAACCUGGGAGCUUCUCGCAGCAGAACGGCGACCAGCCCAAGCCAGCCUUGGAUACCGGCUAUGAAACCGAGCAGGACACUAUCACCAGCAAGGUCCCCACCGAUCGAGAGGACUCGCAACGUAUCGACGAGCUCUCCGCCAGGGACAAACCGUUUGAUGUCAAGUGUGAACUCAAGUUUGCAGACUCGGAUGCCGACGGGGACUGAGGCCAGUGUGUCCCAGCCCGUGCCCCUCCGUCUUCGUGGAGAGUGUUGUGUUGAACCUAUUCAGUAGCCGAGUCUUGUCACUGUGCACCAGCCUCAGUCUUUUGUCCCUUUCUCUCUUGGGUUGAGCCUGUGACUUGUCCCCUUUGUCCUUUUGGGAAACAAGUAUCUAUUCAAGCCUCAAGUCCCGGCAGUUUUUGGAGCGCUUACUACACACCUGAGCCCUUUGUGUCCUGGGGGAGAGAUGGCCACCUCCGUGGGCUGAGAAGAACCACCCCUUCCUCUUCCGCUCCUCGAAGCAGCCACUGAGAGAUAAUUUAAUUCCAGAUUGGAAAUGACCUUUUUGGUUUAUCAGAUUGGUAACUUAAUCUCCUGCCAUCCGGGUGGCACGGACGUUUUUCUUUUACUUCGUUAUUUUUUUUAGGAUUUGCGCUCCUACUGUGUUGAUGUCUUAGGUCAUUUUUUUUUUUUUAAGUUACCAGAGGAGAUGUUUUGAUAUUCAUGAGAAGAAGAACAUUUUCUAGAUUUUUUUUUUUUUUUGGUUACAUAUUGAGAUAAAAUAUGCCUCUGUUGCUUAAGAUUCUCAGGGAUAGACGUGAUUUUUGCUAAUUUCUUUCCUGCUGUUCGGAACGUAGGCCUAAAACUGUCUCUUGAGCUCACAUACUCACCCUUUCCUUUUGGUGGGUUUUUUUUUUUUUUUUUUUGUUUUUUUGUUUUAUUAAUCUUACUCAUUUCGAAGGAUUUUCUUUAUGAGCUUUUGUUUUGUUUUUGUUUUGUUUUUUUGUUUUUCUCUUUUUCCUGCCGUACAUCAUCUACGAGGUGCGUUUUGAGUGAGGGCAGAUGGCCCAGUGGCUUCGGGUGGCCCAGUGGCUGUGGGUGGCAGUUGAGCUGGUCCUGUGAGGGGAGGAGGGCUUAGACGCCACGGCCCUGCUGCUUCUCGGCACCUCCUGUCCCGAUGGGUGGCGUCUUCAUGAGGAUCACAUCCUGUCUCUGCUGGCUUCCAUCUCGCACCUCUGCCCUUGGACUUCCACCUUGACUGUCCACAAAAGACAGAAAUGGGCUGGCUAGUUGGGCUCCCGGCCUCGGACGGUGGCCGCAACGUCCCGUGUGGGCGGCUGCCGCUGCAGCCUGACUCCUGCCGGUGUCUUUCAGGAUGUGAACGGGUGGUACGAAUCUUGACAUUUGUUUCUCACUUCCUGUGUAUGAAACGACACUCAUUCCAUGUAGAGGGUGACGGACUCUGGAUCCCCCCCUUGUCGUGUAGACACUCAUCUUCAGCGUGACCUGGUCCUGCCAUUCGGUGUAAACAUUUGUGUUUAUAAGAUUUACUUUGUUUUUAUUUUUCUACUUGGAACUGUACAUAUUUGAAAAAGUACCCAAAUAAACCAGAAGCUUUAUCGUUGA